CAUAUUUUUGUUGACGUACAGAGAAACUUUGGACCGGCAUACAUCGACCCCCUGGCGAUAAAAUUAAUCUGCUGAUUAUUGGGUGCAGAAGAGUCAAUAUGGGCGGCCAAAUAAAGUUUUACUAUGAUUUGAUGUCACAACCAUCCAGAGCCCUUUACAUAUUGUUCAAGUUGAACAAAGUACCGUUUGAGGAUAAUCCAGUCGCACUACGGAAUGGGGCGCAUCUAACUCCGGAAUUCAAGGAUAUCAAUCGCUUCCAAAAGGUCCCAUGUAUCGUGGAAGAUGGGUUCAAACUUGCAGAAAGCAUUGCUAUUUUACGGUAUUUGCAAGCAAAGGGCAAAAUAUCGGAUGAAUGGUACCCAAAAGAAAUAAAAUCCAGGGCACGCACGGACGAAUAUUUGGAAUGGCAACAUAACAACACCCGCAUGGCCUGUGCAAUGUAUUUCCAAAAGAAAUGGCUUCGCCCUAUGAUAAGUGGAAAGCAACCCGAUCCGAAAACUAUCGACAAAGCUAAGGAACUGAUGGAGAACUGUCUGGAUGCCAUUGAGAAUAUCUGGCUUGCAGACAACAAAUUCCUUACAGGAAACAAAAUAAACGUCGCUGAUUUGUUUGGGGCCUGCGAAGUUGAGCAAAUAAGGAUUGCAGGUUACAACCCUGGUGAAGGCCGUCCUAAAUUACAUGCCUGGCUCAAUGCUGUUAGAGAUUCUGCCAAUCCGUACUACACCGAAGCACACAAGUUUGUCGAUAAAUUGGCGCAGAACCCCAGCAAGUUAUAAGUUAAGAGAGAGAUGUUAGCGAUUCAAAAAUCGCUUACAUUUUAAAUUCAUAUGUAUAUGUUUGUAUUUUCUGAUAUUUGCAAUCAUUGUUGUUAUCUACUGGUUUGGAAAACAUAGCGAAACUAGCAAUUUGA